ACGAUUGAUGUAAAAAUGGAUAGUAUUAAUGCGUUUGGAACAAAUCGAGUUAGAUUAAAAAGGGAUGCUAUGCUUAAACAGUCGCCACUUCAAGAGGACAAUACAGUGGCACCUCACGUAGAAUUCUUCAACCCUAAAAUGCGAUCUGAGUUGGAGGAAAAAGAUGCGAUGGAAAUGAAGAAGACUGGAGCGAAGGGACCAGCUCCUGGAGGUGACACGUGGGUCUGGCUUACUAGCUAUUCUAGAGUUCCAUAUAAAGUAGUUCAAGGGUUCUGCAAAGCUACUCAAGAUUACUGUCCACCUGGUGUGCAAGGCCCUGAAGGACCGGUUGGAUCUCCUGGACCAAAAGGUGAAAGAGGAGAUCCAGGCGCUCCUGGCACGCCAGGGAAUCCAGGGUUGAGAGGUCCUCUUGGACCACCUGGUCCAAAAGGAGAACGGGGCUUUCCUGGAAACCCAGGUUUAGAUGGCAGAGACGGUGUACCUGGAGAACCAGGCUUAGAUGGCUUAUCAGGCAGAAAUGGUGCUGAUGGAGCACCAGGGAGAGACGGUCGGGAUGGUAUUCCAGGAAAAGAUGGUAGCCCAGGGAAAAAUGGAAAAGAUGGCAAAGAUGGAAAACCAGGGGCACAAGGUCCGCCAGGCAUAAAAGGUCCAAAAGGUGACCGUGGUCCCAUGGGUCCUAAGGGACUCCGGGGCAAUGACGGACAUGAUGGAGCUCCUGGAAGACCUGGCUUAUCUAUUUAUAAUUAUACCAAAGAAAAUCAAAUGUUUAUACCACCGACUUUUGCACUGGAAAACCCAAGACUCAUAGUACGCGAAGGGGACAUAAUGCGAAUGGACUGCAACCCGAAAGGUUUUCCUGAACCUACGAUUGAGUGGCGACGAGCUGAUGGAACUCCCAUAAUACAGGGUUCGUGGCGUGACGCGUCAGUAAGCGGGCACGUUCUCAAUAUUCCGAACGUGUCUCGGUGGCACACCGGCAAGUACGUCUGUCUCGCCAACAACGGUAUGCAGCCGCCGGCCAACCAGACCACCGAUGUGGAAGUGCAUUUCAGUCCCUACAUACGAGUACCAAAUAAUAUUGUUUACGUUUUUAACAAAACGGUUAAAAUUGAAUGUGAGAUACAAGCUUGGCCUGAACCAGUCUUGGCUUGGGAGAUCGAUGGAGUUACCAUCGAAGGUUCACGAUACAAGAUGGAGGUGUCCACAACUGGCGACCCUUGGAGAUGGAUCAUGAGUCUUGAGAUACCAAACAUCAGAGACCACGACUUGAGGCAGUACAGCUGUGUCGCCAAAAAUGAACUUAAUAAUCAGACUGUCAAAGGACAUAUUCGUUUGAUGUACCCAGGUCCAAACCAGAACACCCAGAUCCAACAGCCAAUGGAAUUCGGCUUCCGUCCUCCGACCCUCACAUCAUACGAAGAGUUAUGCCAGGUACAGCACUGUCCGUCGUGCCCGAGAUGUGACCGCGCUCUGCUCUUGAUAUCUUCUAUGAACUCAACUGCUGGGUAUAAACCGAGGAGAAACACUAAUUGUCAAUUAUAUGCCAUCGGUAAACCUGUCUACCAUCGCUAUAUAGAUGAGUUGUUCGGCGCUUGGUUAAGGGACUCCAAUGCUUCUGAGAGUCAGAAAGAAAAACUAUGGGCAACUCAGGAGAACGACGUCGAGAGGUUGCGGGAGUACAGGAGCAAGGCUACUUUUAAAGCUGAUCACGUUGACGAGUUCCACAAGCUGCAAAAGCCAUUCUUUGGCAAUGGCCACAUCGUAUACAGCGGUUCUUUCUUCUACCAGGCGAAUGAGUCCGGAAACCCAGGGGACAUAAUACGAUACGACUUAACACAGAGCAGGAUAAAAUCGGCUCACUUGCCCCACGCCGAUGGAAGACUCUAUAGCUCUCAACACAAUCAGGUCGACUUCAGUGCUGAUGACAACGGUCUAUGGGCUAUAUAUUCCAUAGAAGGAUCGAACAACACAGCCGUUGCAAAGCUAAGUUUCGAUCCGAACAAGGAUGACUUAAAUAUAGAUUAUAUUUGGAAUAUAUCGCUGAAUCACAGACAAGUAGGGGAAAUGUUCAUAGUAUGUGGCGUGCUCUACGCGUUAGACUCAGCCACAGAACGGGAGAGCAAAGUGACUGUGGCCAUAGAUUUGUACUUGAGCAAGCCCGUAGAAGUCUCGCUGCAGUUCACCAACCCAUUUAGAAAGACGACACAGCUUGGAUAUGAUCACACGCAUAAGGAGUUGUAUUCAUGGGACCGAGGAAACCAACUAACGUAUCCCGUCAGAUACAACGAACUACCUGGACCUUGAUUUUUUAAAUACUUAAUGCAUUGUAACGUAAUAUGUAAAACAUUUCAUAAUAAAUUAUUCACAAG